CCCGUGAUCUCUAUCAUACGGCGGCUGACUAUUUUAAAAAAAAACAUUUUUAUGAUGGCGGAGGACAGUGAAUCCGCGGCCAGUCAGCAGAGCCUGGAGCUAGACGACCAGGACACCUGCGGGAUAGACGGAGACAACGAGGAGGAGAAUGAGCAUAUGCAGGGGAGUCCAGGUGGAGAUUUGGGGGCCAAGAGGAAGAAGAAGAAGCAGAAGAGGAAGAAAGAGAAGCCAAGCUCGGGGGGAGCCAAGUCUGACUCUGCCUCUGACUCUCAGGAGAUCAAGAACCCUGGCUUGCCCAUUCAAAAGCUGCAGGAUAUCCAAAGAGCCAUGGAGCUGCUGUCCUGCCAGGGUCCUGCAAAGAGCAUCGACGAGGCAGCCAAGCACAAGUACCAAUUCUGGGACACUCAGCCUGUGCCGAAGCUAAAUGAAGUUGUGACGAGUCACGGGCCGAUUGAAGCUGACAAAGAAAACAUCAGACAGGAGCCAUAUUCCUUACCUCAAGGCUUUAUGUGGGACACUUUGGAUCUCAGCAGUGCAGAUGUACUGAAAGAGCUGUACACACUGUUAAAUGAAAACUAUGUGGAGGACGAUGAUAACAUGUUCAGAUUUGAUUAUUCACCAAGUUUUCUCAAAUGGGCUCUGCGUCCACCUGGCUGGUUACCCCAAUGGCACUGUGGAGUGAGAGUGUCCUCAAAUAAGAAGCUUGUUGGCUUCAUCAGUGCCAUCCCUGCAGAUAUACGCAUCUAUGACACGCUGAAGAGGAUGGUAGAAAUCAACUUUCUGUGUGUCCAUAAGAAGCUGCGUUCAAAGCGUGUUGCUCCUGUGCUAAUAAGGGAGAUCACACGAAGGGUGAACUUAGAAGGAAUAUUUCAGGCAGUAUACACAGCCGGAGUGGUACUUCCUAAACCUGUGUCUACAUGCAGGUAUUGGCAUCGUUCUUUGAAUCCCAGAAAGCUUGUGGAAGUUAAAUUCUCCCACCUGAGCAGAAACAUGACCCUGCAGAGAACCAUGAAACUCUACAGACUACCAGAUAGCACCAAGACUCCAGGUCUGCGGCUGAUGGAGAGGCGUGACAUCCGCCAGGUCACCGAGCUGCUACAAAAAUACCUGAGACGUUUCCAGCUGGCACCCUCUAUGGGAGAGGAGGAAGUGGCUCACUGGUUUUUGCCACAGGACAACAUAAUUGACACAUAUGUAGUAGAGGGUGCUGGUGGUGUGCUGACAGAUUUCACUAGUUUCUACACUCUGCCCUCAACUGUGAUGCAUCACCCUCUCCAUAGGAGCCUGAAGGCUGCUUACUCUUUUUACAACGUUCAUACACAAACUCCGCUACUGGACUUAAUGAAUGAUGCACUGAUCCUGGCUAAACUGAAAGGUUUUGAUGUGUUCAAUGCCUUGGAUCUAAUGGAGAAUAAGGUGUUCCUGGAGAAGCUCAAGUUUGGCAUAGGAGAUGGAAAUCUGCAGUAUUACCUCUACAACUGGAAGUGUCCACCCAUGGACCCUGAUAAGGUUGGCCUCGUCCUUCAGUAGCAGUUCUUUUCACGGCUGCUAAACAAAAUACUGAUCGAGAGGUUUUCAGCAACCUCUGGCUAUUCCUUACCUGGACAUACAGGUAGCCCAAGCUAGACAAUGAGAACUCCAACUGUAAAACCAAGCUGGUGACCGGGAGGCGGUUCACCUGGCACUUGUGUCAUCAAGAACAUUCUCAGUUCACCUGGAGGUGAAAACUCUUAAAUCAUCAACAUCCUGAAUGUGAAGUCAUGCUAUGCCUGAGAUACUCAUACAGUACAAUGCUCCUGACAUGAACACUCUCAUUUAAAACACACCGGUUUGACAUUCAAGAGGAUGCCUUUGACAUUUGUGAAUUUCGUUUCGCUCUUCCUCAGCAGACGGGCGUGUCAUUUGAUUUCAGUGAUAUGAAAAUAUGUAAAUGAUAAUCAGCAAGUAAACAUGGCCAGGUAUAAUUAGCAACUUUUCUAAUUUUAUUUGUCCUCUCCGAACAAGUAAUUAUUGUACCCCAAUUGCAAAUGAACGAUUAUUUUUUUUCCCAUCUGUUCUUAUAUCAUUGUGGUCCAAAGUGUCUCUGUUGGCUGCUUUGGGGCCUCAGUAGAAUUUCUGGAGAAAAAACGUUUAAAUCACAAACAACAAACAUUUUCACACAUGUAGAGACAUAAACGCUGUCAAACAACACACAAAAAGGAAGGACUCAUCCAACAGGUGCAUUGAGAUACAUGUUUUUGUUAAAAAUAUAUAGUUACCUGUACAUUUAAAGCCAGAUCAUAUUUAUUCCUGUAGUGUGAGUUUGGGGUUUGGGAGGGCUGAUCCAAAGUAUUUUCCUCAUACGUAGUGUAGAUGUCACCGAGUUUGUUCAGACAGUGUGGGUUUACCUGGCUUUUGAUGAAGAAUGUAUUGCAUCAAUGAAGCACAAUUUUUGAGUUCUUAAACAAGGAAAAGGGUCUUUAAAGGGUCAGUUAGCCCAGAUUUCAAAAGAGAUGGGUUGCUGUAUAUAGUCUUUUUUUUUUUUUAUAAAAGAUGUGAGCUGUUUCUACAUUAUAAACCUGUUUCAAGAGAUGGAUGAAUUUUUAAUAGAACGCUCAAGCAAUGUGUUAUUUAGUUAUAUUCACCGAUAUGUUACAUGAUGCAAUUUUUUCAAAAUAACAAGCAGCACAGAGUUAAUUGCAGCGAUCAGCGAUAAGCCGUGCAGUUAGCGAGGCUGUUAAAUAAGAGAGACACAGUAAUCAUAGCUAAAUUAAGUAAGGAAGAUAUCCUCAGUGCACAAGCAGGACAAUGAAAAUUGAAGUCGCAAAGGUCGGGAAACACACACACACAGAGACACAAAUGUAAAUGAUACAUUUGCGUGUCAUUUACAGAGUAAAUUUGACUUUCAUUUUGUACUAAAAGGUUUUCAAAAUGAUCAGUGCUUCUGUCUAGAGGCAGUUUUCUAAUGUAGAAAUAGCUCAUUUGAAAAUUUGAAAGAGUCCAUGUCCUCAGUUAAAUCAAAUUUAAAACAGUCAAGGUCAAUUUUAUUUUGUUAAUUGAGUCAUUGCCGCUCAGAUCACUUGGAGAGAACUGAUCAGUUACUAUCCAUCCACUCACCUGCAGUAGGAUGCCAAAUGUGUGCUGAAAAACAAAGCAAAUUGAGCACAACACUCAAAGGGUCUGAAGGAGGAAUUUCCAGCAGCAUGCAGUCAGAGUACAGUGGCUGAAUCAACAAAAGCCUGUAUCAGUAACCGCAUCAGUUUGAAAUGUGAGCUUUUCCAGGUCCGAUUUCAUUGUCUUCUAUUUGUUUUGUUUUGUAAUGGUACUGUAUUUUAUGUGUGUCCGGAAAAAAUACUGUAGGUUAUUUUUUUAGUGUGUUGUGCAGCUAAAUGCGUGAAACGGUUCUGAUAUUUAUAAUUGUACUUUGGAAAAUGUCUUAAGGCAUAAUUAUCAUUCUUCUUUCCAGUUUUUCCCUAAACAUUUCCGGUUAAAUAGGCGACUUCAAAACUGAUUUUUGUGGGUUUGGAGUAUCCGGCAGUUCACUGUGCUCGACUGAGCAGGAUGAGCAUCUUUGAGGAAGAACUGUUGUCAGACCACUUGUUCUGUGGUGGUUUACCCAAAAGGGCAAAAAAAAAAUUUUUUUUAAAUGAUCUUUUUGAUCUGAGUUUGUUACUUUGUGUUUGAUGUUCCUGUUCACGUGGCUCUGCAUAACUUAAGAGGUAAAGAGGCUGCUGCCGUUUUUGUUGUUGAUUUUUCUGUAUGUGAUGUGAUUUUCUUCUCAUCCCUUUAUAAAUUAGCAAGAAACGAACCAAUGGACAGUCAGCGCUACAGGGUUCAAAGUUUUUUUUGUAUGUUUUUUUUUUAACCAUUGAAAGGUUGAAUGAGUUACAUUCGCAGAGACAGAAGAUACUGGGGUUCCUUUAACUCUGAACAUGGGUUACUGAGUCAACUGUGUGCCUCAUGGAUGUUGGUAGUCACGGAUGUGUUGCCUGCAGCUGUUUGAAUGAACUUUGAGCAUGUCAGUUUUGCUGCCGUGUUGAUUUUAGCGUUGAUGUUACUAGCCACACCCUUUAG